CCGCCUCUCUUGUUCUUCUCGCUGUUAGGUUUCCACAGAAAAGAAAAAUUCAAAUUUACAGUUGUGGAAUUCUGGUGGAUCUUUGGAUUCUUCCCUUUUAUCACAGCCAGUUGCAAACCAAGCAAGCCACAGUCAACUUUCAAUUCUUCUCCUUCCUUUUUGAUUCUUCAACUGGAACUUCAUGACUCUAUUUCUUCAGGUAAUUCUGUUUCCCUUCGCUUUAUUUACUGUUCUUAUUCUCUGGGUGUUUGUUUGAUUUCCCAUGGUCGCCAGUGGAAAACCCUGCUCUAGAAUCUUGGAAAGUUUUAUACUUUAACUGUUUCAGCGCUCGAUUUCUGCUACGUUUCCCGUGAAAUGUCUUCAUCAUUCGUGCAGACAGUGAUGAAUUUCUGCUGGGUUGCUUGAGAAAAUGAUUCUUCAGGCAGGAGCUUCUUCCUGCUUCAGCUCAAUUCCACCAUGCCCAAUCUCGAGCUCCAAUCGCCAACCCUCGUCUCUAACGACUCCCAAUUUCAUCUCAAUUAGAUACAGAAAUGGUAGAAUGUGUGAGUUCAAUGAUUUGCAUAAAGAGCUGGUCCCUUACGCCGACGCUUGGAAAUGGCAAAAGGACAUUGUUGCAGAGAAGAAAGCUCUGGUGGAGACCAACCACGAUUGCCCUGAUACAUUGAUUGUGCUCCAGCACCAUCCUGUCUAUACUUUGGGUAUGGGUAGUUCAUUGGAGCACCUUAAUUUCGACAUGAACGAUGCUCCAUUCAAUGUAUAUCGAACUGAGAGAGGUGGAGAAGUUACUUAUCAUGGACCUGGGCAGUUAGUUAUCUACCCAAUAGUUAAUCUCCGAAACCACAAGAUGGACAUCCAUUGGUACCUCAGGGCGCUCGAGGAGGUGAUCAUUCGUGUUCUCUCAUCAGCAUUCUCCAUCGAGGCUUCCCGAGUUGAUGGCUUGACUGGAGUCUGGUUUGGCGAUCAGAAACUGGCUGCAAUUGGGGUGAAGGUUUCUCGGUGGAUAACGUACCAUGGAGUUGCACUGAAUGUGACCACGGAUUUGGCGCCUUUCAAAUCGAUAGUACCGUGUGGGAUCAAGGAUAGUAGGGUAGGCAGCAUCAAGUCAUUGCUGGGCUUAGAUGAUGAAGCUGAUACUCAGCUAAUUGAAACUGCUUAUAAGUCGUUGAUUAAGGAGUUCUCUGAGGUUUUCGAACUUGGAAUUGACCAUAUAGCUUCCUCCCCCAUUUUAGAGGGUUUAGAGACUUAGCUUUCAACCUUCCCUUGUAUGAAACAUGACUUGGAGGGAAUCACUGAGUUCAAAACUGUAAUGGUACAUUAACUUAACUGCAUUGCUCUACGUUUUUGUUAGCAAGAAAUAAACUCAUUUACA